AUGGGUUCCAAGUCUUCGCUUAUAUUUUCUAUGGUCAUAGUGUUAUUCACUUUAAUCAUCGCAACAAAUGGUUUACAAUGUCACAUUUGUGGCCAGUUCAACGAUGGUGUCGGUUCAAUAACACCAUGCCUUAAUUACACUGAAACUAACGCUCACCUACAUCUCAAGGAGUGCCCAAGAAAAACAGACAAGUUCUGUGUGAAAAAGCAAUGGAAUAAGAGAAAUUUGAGCUUACCUGCAAGUCAUUCCAAGCUUUUUAUUCUCAAUCGAAUGCUAAAGGAGAAAAUAAGAAGCAUAGAAAUGUAA